GGAAGCCGGCGGCCUCGCGGCCCUACGGGGGACAGGGUGCAAGGGCAGAGGCUGAGGUGGGGUUCCGGGCUCGCCUGGCUGAGGGGCGUGAGAAGGCCCGGAGGCGAGCUCGACGAGCAGACCUGCGCCCCGGUGAAGAUCGACCCGGCUACAGCUGGCCGGGAGACGGUUGUGAAGAUGGCAGGGCCGGAGCUGCUGCUCGACUCCAACAUCCGCCUCUGGGUGGUCCUGCCUAUCGUUAUCAUCACCUUCUUCGUGGGCAUGAUUCGCCACUACGUGUCCAUCCUGCUGCAGAGCGACAAAAAGCUCACCCAGGAACAAGUCUCCGACAGUCAAGUCCUAAUUCGAAGCAGAGUCCUCAGGGAAAACGGAAAAUACAUUCCCAAACAGUCUUUCCUGACACGAAAAUAUUACUUCAACAACCCAGAGGAUGGAUUUUUCAAAAAAACUAAAAGGAAGGUUGUUCCUCCUUCUCCUAUGACUGAUCCCACUAUGCUCACAGACAUGAUGAAGGGCAAUGUCACAAAUGUCCUCCCUAUGAUUCUUAUUGGUGGAUGGAUCAACAUGACAUUUUCAGGCUUUGUCACAACCAAGGUCCCAUUUCCACUGACCCUCCGUUUUAAGCCUAUGCUACAGCAAGGAAUUGAACUACUCACAUUAGAUGCCUCCUGGGUGAGUUCUGCAUCCUGGUAUUUCCUCAAUGUCUUUGGGCUUCGAAGCAUUUACUCUCUGAUUUUGGGCCAAGAUAAUGCUGCUGACCAAUCACGGAUGAUGCAGGAACAGAUGACUGGAGCAGCCAUGGCCAUGCCUGCAGACACCAACAAAGCUUUUAAGACAGAGUGGGAAGCUUUGGAGCUGACGGAUCACCAGUGGGCACUAGAUGAUGUCGAAGAGGAGCUCAUGGCCAAAGACCUCCACUUCGAAGGGAUGUUCAAAAAGGAGUUACAGACCUCUAUUUUUUGAAGACCAAGCGGGGGUCAGCUGUGUCAGGAACUCGGAGUAGCGCUUAACCUUGUAACUUUUGUUUGAGCUGGAGCCUCUCGGAAUAAAAAGGGGGAUGCGUGAGCUGGCGGGUGUGCAGCAAGGAUUGUUCUUGUCUGAGCUGGGUUCCCCUUUAUGUUUGAAACCAGAAGAAACAUGAGGAGUGUGUGCUGCAUGACUUGCCCAGAAACAACUAGUUUUGAAAUAUUUAAAAUUUUCCUUUUGGUGACUCUAGUAAUAAAAGUAAGAGAGGGGGGAAACUCAAGCUAGUGAUAAUAUAUAAAACUUAGCAAAAAUUCAGGAAUUUCAGAAAAAGUGUUGUCAAUUAAACCUAAUUAUUAUGUACAGUCACUCUGACUUCUAAACCAUAGUAAACUCCUGUUUUCUUGGGAUCCAAA